AUGGUGUGUUUUCGUGAAGCUCUGGAUCAGUGUCAGCUCUAUGAUCUGGGGUUUAGAGGGGAUAUGUAUACAUGGAGUGAUAAGCACGAGGAUGAUACUUAUACAAAGGAGAGGCUGGACCGUGUGGUAGCAAAUCCCAUUUGGAAGAUGAGAUUCUCAAACUAUGUGGUUGAAGGGCUUGUAACAAGGUGCUCUGAUCAUAAACCUUUAUUAAUGCAUUUUGAUGUAGGGGAGGAGGUAAGAGGGAUGUUGGAGAGCUGUGGUAAUGCAUUGGGAAGAUGGAACAGGCAAAAGAAUAGCAAGCAAGGAAAUGAAGUGAAAUUGUUGUCUGGUCAGUUGAAGAAGUUACAAGAUAAUGAAGAUCAAUUUCAAACUUCUGAGGUGAAGAAUCUCCAGUUGAGACAAGGUGUGUUGCUAGAACAAGAAGAUGUGAAAUGGAGGCAACAAGCCAAAAGAAAUUGGUAUAAAGGAGGAGACAGUAAUACAAGUUAUUUUCAUGCCUAUGCUACAUAA